AUGCGCACAACACUCUACACCGCCGCCACGCUACUCCUCGCCACCUCGGCAGCGUGGGCACAGGACGCGUCCUCCGCUACGCCCGAAGGCGCCGACGCGUCCGCCGCGCCGUCCGACGGCGGCUUUGACGAGGGCAGCGCGAGCGUCGCGCCCUCGACCGACGCGGCCGUCGCCAACGCCACCGCCGCAGCGGGCAACAUCACCCUCGCGCCCGAGGAGACGGGCGUCGCAGGCGGCGGCGGCGGCGGCGGCAACGUCACUGCCGCGCCGCUGCCCUCCGCGGCGAGCUUCACCGGCGUGAUCAACGGCACCGACACGGCGACGGCCGUCACGGCCUCCGUGAACGCGUCCGCCAUCGGCCACGACACCAACACGGGCGGCCCGACCGCCAGCGCGCCGGCGCCGAGCAGCGGCACCAAGCCGAGCGGCGGGGAGCGCAUCGUCGUCCCCGGCGCGGUCGUCGUCGCGGCCAUCCUUGCCGGCGUGACGUUCUAA